UGCAUGCUCUUGUGUGAUCAGGGGCUCGGAUUGGUUUCAUUAGGAGAAGUUGCCAAGUGCGCUGCAGAGAGUAGUGAGAACUUGAUGCGCACUGACCCGCUGGGAGUCGCCGGCGACACCGCAGCAUUUUGCACAGCCUUUGAACUUUAAAUAAGACACGUUCCUGCCACGGACAUACCGGGGUCAUAGCAAGAAAACGAACUGUACCUAGUUUACAGGCAGAAACAGCACUUUUAAAAAGCGAAGAGUUUAAGAGUGUAGUGAUUAAUACAUUAGGGCAUGCGUUGAAUUUAAAAGCCCAUGAGCCCAUACAACAAGUGAUCCCAAAUAUAGCGCAUGUGGGUCUGUCUGAAAGUGUUCGUGCGAUUUCACAUUAUUAGUAGUAACAUUUGGAAAGUCUUAACGUGUGUUUGGGAAGAUAAGCGCCCUAGAUGUCCAAGGGCCUGGAAAUGCGCCUCGAUUUGAAGAAGUGGGGUGAUAUGUUUAAAGAUGCCGGAGAAGAAGAGGAGGAAGAAGAGGAGGAGGAGAUCGAUGUGGAGAGCUUGGACGGGUCCAUUUCCAAGAUCGCUGAGGGGGAGGGUGGCUGCAGGGGAGAGAAGGGAGCGAAUCCGAGUCAGGAACAGCAGCGCCGGCUAACGCGCAGCCCCAAGUGUGCGCGCUGCCGCAACCACGGCGUGGUGUCUUGCCUCAAGGGUCACAAGCGCUUGUGCCGCUGGCGGGACUGCCAGUGUGUGAACUGUCUGCUGGUGGUGGAGAGGCAGCGGGUCAUGGCAGCGCAGGUGGCGCUCAGGAGACAACAAGCUACAGAGGUCAGGAAAGAUGCCAGAAGAAAUGCCGCACCAGGCCCGUCUCGAAGGACACCGUACCAGCGCUAUCCCAGGUCUCACGGUUUGCUGGCAAGGAGCAUACUGGAGGGCUACAAGACCCCUAUGGUAGAAUCUCCCUGGUCGAACAGAACGCACUUCCCUAACCUCAGCGAGAGAAUGAGGAAGAGACGGGCGUUCGCCGACAAGGAGCUGGAACACGCCAUGCUGGAGCGAGAAUUCAGACAGAAGGAGCUGGAGGACCUGGCCGCGCUGCAGAUGCUCAGCCCCACGCUGCCCGCCGCACCGGGACCCAUGUGCAGCGCGCCGGGAGACCCGACACUGUGCAGCCAAACCGUUUACCUCCCCUUGGUAAACACCAGCCCCGGGUUGCUGGAAUGCGGGUUUCACUGCUGCCAGGCUGGAGAGUUGCUGGCGACGACACAAUCGAGUUCAAUGGAGUGCAGCUACGAGCAGGUGCAAUGCGAUUUCUUGCAAAGGAGACGGCUGGACUCUGCGAGAAUGGUUUUGGAAGGUUUAGAACUCUGCCGGGGGACCUCGCACUGCCACCAGCCGCAGCAGCACCAGCACCGGCAAACCGGGUUGGAAGAUUCGACGGUUCUGGAAUGUGGUGCGCGUCAUAGCUGCCACAGCAGAGGAACCCGUGAGCCCCCGGGUGCACCAGUGCUCUGCAUUUCUAUGCAGCGUCCCUCUCCUGAUCCGGAAGACCUCGGCGCUUCCAAAGGCUGGGGAUCUUCAAUUCACGAUGCCCUCCCGCUAGAACUGAAGGAACCGGGCUGCAGACAUCAGCAACAGCCCACUGCAAAGGAUAACUUGACUAAGGUUUUGCAGACCCGCCGCGCAAUGGUCAAGACGACUUUGCCGUUUUCAGUAGAAUCGCUGUUGAGAGACUGAUACUGCAUACAGCGCGCACCAUUAGCAAAAAGGAAAAUAAUGAACUAGUUUGCAAAAUAUAUAUUUUUAAAUCGUGUACUUAUAAUACUGUAAUAAUACGAAUCGUCUACAAUACUAUGGGGUGUUAAUAAAUGUAGGCUUAUUGUCCAGAACUAAAGCUGUUGAUCUGGUAGAAUCCCAGCCAGGGUUCUGUGCAAUCAAAUGGAUCUUUACAAUAACCAUUACACAGAACGAGAACGCCACCAUGACCCGCCUACACGCGGGACCUAAAACAGCUUUUCUUUUAUUUUUAUAUGAAGUUAUUUUAUUUUUCAUGUUUGUAACGCAUUGUUGUUUUACUGUCAGUAAUGCACAGCGUAUGUUUAAACCCGCAUGUCAGAUCAUUGCAAAGGCUUGACCAAAUGAUCGACGCACUGUCUGGAGUAAGCAGCUCCACUCACCGGAGGAGAAGCUCUGUUAAAUAAUAUUUGAUUAAAUAAGAGCACAGGGGUCAUUGUUACAAACCAUGUACCGACCGUCGCGCUCCUACGCGCAGCUAGGCUGAGUCUCGCUAGUUCUCUAAAAACACAUCUUGCAAAAUUAGCAGGGUAAUAAAAGCACAGCAAAGUGUGUAAUUAACACAGUGGAGGCCGGUACAGCCUAGGCACGCCUUGCAAAGAAUAGCGAGGUGUGGGAAAGUAUAUGAAUAGACAUGGCCCUACAGGCUCACCUGUGGUAAAUGCACAGAUAACCAUGGGGCAGGACUGUGGUAAACCUCAUUAAGGGUGAGCCAUCUCUUCAGCUUAUUAUCACUAUGCAAUUAUCUGUUUAACAUCUUGACAUGUUAAGAUAUUAAAAUAUGUACAUUUUUGUUUUUGUAUUUCUUAUUAUUUUGCACAUAACGCUGCAAUAUUCUUGUAACUUUAAAUUAUACAAAUAUAUUGGCCACUUUGAAACAGCCUUACAGUCGGCUCCUGCUUCUUCAUUUCAAUGUCCACCGUGAGCGAGUAAUAAUCUGGUUUCAUUUCGGACCCUCGUAGACUCACUCAAUGGGCUUCUUGUGUGUGUUCCGGAAUGAUGAACGAGGCACUGCAACUUGUGCACAUGUACAAGCACUCUUUAUAAAGAGACGAGUACACAGGCUGAGCAGAACAGGUCUCUGGGGUUUAGUGGAAGGGUCUCAUCCUUAUCACUGGGGGGAGGACAUGAUGUUUAAAUGAGCUGCACUAUAUUAAUAUCAUUCCAUUUCAAUUGACUGAGAGAGGUUUUGAAGUUCGGUUUUGUCAACGUGAAUUUUUGUUGGAGGUUUUGUGCGACAUGGAAA